AUGAAGAAUCCUUUCAAGAGACAUCAAGAACCAGAAGCAGUCGGAUCCGACCAGACGCCAGAUGAAGAUGACGACUGGAAGGGUUUCCAGCCACAGGAGCCUUUCCAGGCCAGCGCCGCCGACCCAAUCUCUGAAUCUCGCACGCUGCACAUUGAAUACAAGGAUUAUUGGAGUCAGCAUACGACAAUCCGGGUACUCGACGCAGACAAGACAACAGACGUGUACACGGUGGACGCGAGAUACCGGAAACCGCAGAUGACGAUCCGCUCCAACGCCAGCAAUGCCGAAGUGGCUACAGUUGAUUUCCAUACGCUGUCAACUCGGAUUGAUGCGAAAUUGCACGGGCGGCCCGUCUCGCUCGAAUCCUCCGGGCUCACGAGGACGUACUCGUACGCUUCCCCGGAAUUGGGCGGGGAGAAGAUGACAUGGACGCCCCGGAAAAAGAUUGAUGAUUUGAACAUGGUGCUCUUGAACGGCCAGGGGCUGGCUAUCGCCAGAUACAAGCCAAACUACAAGGGUUCGAAGCGGGGAGGCAGCAUGGAAAUGCUUGCCCCAUGCUGGAGAAGUGAGGAGUUCAUGGAGGAGGUUAUUACCAUGUUUCUGGCCGUUAUGCACUACAAGGAGAGUCAGAGGAUGACUGCAACCAUAGCAGCCACGGCGUAG